AAGUGCUUCCGUGCUGACUUUUGUUAUGGUGGUGUUUGGGUUUGGACGAUCGGAGUGAAAAUGUCGAGCCGAGCGCUGCGGAGACUGAAGGGAAAACAGCGGGGACAAGAGGAUAUAGACAUCCGGGACCUGAAUUUGAUUGAUGCGGAAGGGAAAGGAGCAGAAUUAGAGCAGGAAGGAGGCGAAGAAGAAGAAGAAGAGGAGGAGGAGGAGGAGACGUUACAGCCGGCCAACCGGAAAGCGAAGAAGAAGAAGAAUAAAAAUCAGAAAAACAUCAGCAACAUUUAUGAGCUGAUUGGCGAAGCUGCUGAUUCCGAUGACAACAAGACUCAGAGUGACGACGAGAGCGUCACAGCUCCAGCAACGCAAGAAAAGUCUGACUCUAAUGAAAAGACAAGCAGUAAGAAAAAGAAAAAGAAGAAGAAGAGGAAAAAGGCCUCUCCAGCAGAUGCACCGGAGGAGCCAGUGAAAGGCGAUGACAUAGACACCUUACUGGAGUCCAUGGAGAAGGAGAACGGUUUGUCUGUUCAGUGCGAGGACGGAGGAGUUUCAGGACACAGACCUGUACUUUAUGUGGAACACAGGAAUCUUAACCCUGAGACUGAACUGAAGAGAUAUUUUGGAGCUCGGGCUGUGCUUGGAGACCAAAGACCCAGACAAAGACAGAGGCAGUUUCAUCGCAGCACGUGGAUGACCUCUCCUAAAGACACCUGGCCUCGCUUUAGUCGCCCUGGUAUUUCCAUGAGUCUGCUAGACACAAAAGAUGGCCUCCACUUCUUUGCGUUCGAGCACGGUCGCGAUUACCAGCAAGUCCAGUUCAAGUUCUUCGACGCAGUAGAGUCUAUGGAUCCUAACAACAUUGUGGCCCUGCUACAGCUUAACCCCUACCACAUCGACUCUCUGCUGCAACUCUCCGACGUGUGUCGCAUUCAGGAGGACCAGGAGACGGCCAGAGACCUGAUCGAGAGAGCUCUGUACAGCUUUGAGUGUGCGUUCCACCCAGUGUUCAGCCUGACCUCAGGGACCAGCAGGAUGGACUACCGGAGAGUAGAAAACAGAGCUUUUUAUCUGGCGGUUUAUAAGCACAUGAUGUUUCUGGAGAAGAGAGGAUGUCCACGCACAGCUCUGGAGUACUGCAAACUCAUCCUGAGUCUGGACCCGGAUAACGAUCCCCUGUGCAUGCUGCUGCUGAUCGAUUUCCUAUGUCUGCGCUGUCGGGAAUACACCUUUCUCAUCCGACUGUACGAUGAGUGGGAGGUACAUCGGAACCUGUCGCAGCUGCCUAACUUUGCCUUCUCGGUAGCUCUGGCUUGCUACCACGUGAGUCAGCAAGAGGAGACGAAACCAGAGGAGAGCCAGCGCAUAAAACGCAGAGCUGAUGUGUUACUGCAGGAUGCUCUCAUCUUCUUUCCUGGAGUGUUGAUGCCUUUGUUGGACCACUGCUCGGUCCAGCCCGACGCCGCCGUGUCCUCCCACGCAUUCUUCGGUCCCAAAAGCCGUUUGGGGCAGGCCCCGGCCCUGUCGGAGCUCAUGGGUUUGUACGUGGGCCGCUGCCACACCCUGUGGAAGGAGGCAGGAGUGAUGCUGUGGAUGGAAGGAAAUGUACAGGAGGUGUUGAGGAGGGUCGAUGUUAAGGAUCCGGUGGUGGAGGAGUACCAGAACAAGAGGAAGCAAAGAUACCAGAGUGCUCCCAGGAACAUUCACAGACACGUACUUCUUUCUGAGAUUAAGGAGGCCACAUCUACACUGCCUCUGGAAGUCACCACGCAGCCAGUGAUGAGCUAUGAUCCACUUCCUCCUCUAGACGCUAUCGUUUCCUACACCAGGCCUGAGAGGCAGAAUCCAAGCGCCUCGAAUGAAAGCACCUUGUCGCUGUUGUUUCGUUCUUUGUUGCCCAACUUCAACCUGCAGGGUGGACAGAGGCCUGAAGAUGACCUGGAAGUGGCACGCGCAGGUCGGGACCUGAACCAGGAAGUAAACCGAUUGAUGGUGGCCAUGAGGGACAUGCUGGCCAACAUUCAAUUCCAGGAUCCUCCGAGGGACGACAACCAAGACCGAGACGAGGAGGAAUGGGAUUGAGACUGAGAAGGCACGACAACAGAAGAGUAAAGAAAUUAUAAGAGACAAUGGGACGGAUUAGAGGUGGCAGGUUGAGGUGGAGAACGAGAAAUCUGUACAUUCACAGUCAGUUUAUUUCUGUCCCUAGUCUCCUUCCAAGAUUAAACCUAAAGUUCUCGAUGGACACUUAAUUAUGCUGAAUCCUCCAGAAUGUACGAGCUUGACAGAUGUUUUUAUCUAGAGAUAAAACCAAGACAUGAUGGUGUUAAUCUGAGCAUAAUGCUAUGCAACAAAGCGUUAAUGUUUCUUCUCAACACUGGUUUCUAGAUUUUAACAAUCCAUCAAACACUAGCUGGGAUACCGGAUACUUUACUCAGAUUAUUACUUUGCAGAACUCCAUCUGACCCUCGUGACCCAAAGUCAUUUCAUCUGUAAUAAAAUAUCCUACUUAUAAAUAAGACUGCUAAAUUAAGAAGUAGAAAUAAAUUCUUCUCUCAAUCAGUAUUUUUAUUCAUUAAAAGACUUUUGCCUGGG